AUGCUGUCAAUAUUCUCAGCCAGUUCGUUCAUGCUCCUUGUCAGUCGCAUCUUGAUGCAGCUUUUCGUAUCCUCAGAUAUUUGA